AACACUCGCUCGUCCACGUGUGCGACCUCUCCACCACUUCUUAGUCAAAUUCCCCCAAAAAAAUCGAAAAAAAAAAAACCAAACCCAUAAUCUCGAAAGAUCUGCCCUUUCCUCUCUGCUUCGUUAUCCAAGAUUUGGGUUCCUCUCCGACAAUGGGUCCGGUUGUUCUGACACAGCUGGCUACGGGUCUUAGCGUUUUGGCGGGGGCGGUUCUGGUGAAAUCGGUGAUGGACCAGAAACCCAUGGCGGGUCAGUUUCCACGGUGCCCGACUUGCAACGGCACGGGCCGGGUGGCGUGUAUGUGUUCUCGGUGGUCCGAUGGAGACGUUGGGUGCCGUGGGUGUGCCGGUUCGGGUCGCAGGGCAUGCAACAGCUGCGGCGGUUCUGGAACCGGUCGGCCCAUUCCGGUUCAGAUCACUGUUCAGCCACCGAACCGAUCGUCCUAACCGGGUUUGUAUAGUGUUAGCUUGUAGACUCUGAACACUUUGGCUGGGUGCUAAGUGGUAUAAUUCAUGUGCUUGAACACAGACAUAGGAAUAUCUCUUUGAGGGUCGCAAGUAGAAUUGCUUUUGUGGUGAUUCGGUACAUACAUACAUAUAUAUAUACACAUAUAUUAUAGAUGGGUAUAUUCGUUUGGUUCUGAUAUUGUUCAUUGUAGUUACCGUACCGGUGACUUCCAUGUGGUUGAUUGUUGUGGUGUGGCGAUUCGUAUCAUAUGUUGGUUUUGAUAAUUGA